UUUGUGUGUAAAUGUGUGUGUCAGCUCGCCCAGAGCAGGGAGCGUCCAGCAACCAAACCAAGACCGGCAGCCACAUGGUCACACAGUCACAGUUUUGCAUUUAGCAUUUGGAUCAUUCCUGUCGGAUCAAUACAUUUGCUGCAGCUGUUGUUCUGGAGAAGGCCGGACAGAGCGUAAAUCAAACCUCUGUCACUGCCUCCUGGAACGCCUGAAACAUGGCACAUGUCCAGAGGGUGCAGAAGAAGACCAGCACCAUGUCUCUGACCAUCUCCUCCUCAUCCACCUCCUCCUCCUCUGUAUCCUCUUCCUCUCGUGAGCUCUUGUCCCGCUCCUCUUCCUCCAACCUCCUUGCUCAGAGACACUCCAGCCUGGUGCAGCCGCUGUGUGUCAGUCCUCAGAGGACUCAGAGUCCAAACUACAAUCAGCAGUAUUCAGGGAAUGGGGUGGCUCCUACAUUUGUCAAGUGUCUCCAUGACGUGUCCACAGUGAAGGGUCAGCUCGUGGUGCUGGAGUGCAGACUGAGAGGAACUCCGCCCCUGCAGGUCAUGUGGUACAGAGAGGACGACAAAAUACUGGACUCUGAUGAUUUUAGGAUCCUGCGUAAGAAGGCCAGUUCUGCAUCAGUGCCAGAGGAGCUGUGUACACUGGUGAUCACUGAGGCUUUUCCUGAAGACUCGGGUCUGUUUAAAUGUGUGGCUCUCAACCCCUUUGGCACCGUCUCCUGCUCUGCCAUACUGGAGGUUUACAAUGACCUGGAGGAGCAGCUGGAGAUUGAGGCCAUUCGUCAGCAGGAAAGUGUUUCUGUCAAACAAGAAGAUGAGUCCAUGUUCCAACAGGACACUUUCACCAGACAGAGCACUGACGAUUUCCCGCCUCCGCUGCCCGACUCCAUGCACCUGCCCCCUCCUGAGUGGCCCGACAGUCCUCUCCCUGCUGAUAUCCCUGCUGCAGAUUUUCCAGAGCAUCAGCCGUCCAGCCUUUCCUCUGAAGGAGCGUUUGGUCGCAGUGAGGAGGAGAGUGUCUUCAGCUCAGAGAGCCUAAGGUCACCAGAGGUCACAGUCUCAGCCUGUACACCCAGUCCUCCCCCUCCACCCUCACCUACGCCACCACCAGCUCAAGAGAAGGACAAAAGCCCAACACCCAAGCUUUUCUCCCCAAGCAAGCUCAAUUUCACUUCCUCCCAGUCAGGAGGCAACAACAUGAACCUCUCAGACCUGCCGACCUUCAAGCCCAGCACCUUCCCUCCCAGUGCCUUCAACUAUGAGCGACCAAGGCAUUUUAUUCAGUCACAGCCAGCCUUCCAGGCACCCAGCUAUGAAAGUGUGCUGCGGGAGGCUCAGGAGAACCAGAACAACUCCCAACAGAACCUCAACACUUUCCAGAAUAGUGUCAGUGUUACAGAGGCACAGAGUCAAGCUAAAACCAGAACAAGCCAAAGUCAGUCAUGUUCUCAAACUCAGUCCGUGUCAAAGUCCUUGUCACAGACUCAGUCACAGUUUCAGUCUCUGAGCCUCAGUCAGAACCAAACCCAGUCCACUGCUCAGACACACGUUCAGAACCAGGCCAAUGGAAUGAGCAAAUCCUCUCCCUCCUCUUCCAGUCUCAGCUCCCCUGUUUCCACCUCCGCCUCCUCUGCUUUGCCUCUGUUUUCCUCCACUGCUCCCUUGCUUCCUCCCCCUGCUGCUGCCUCCUCCUCCUCUUCCUCCCCCUCACCUUUUCCAGCCGCAUCUUCUGUCCCCCGCACAACCAUGCGUUCCACCAUCACCCUCACCCCCAGUGUCCCCAGUGCCACCGGCCUGGGCAGUGCCACUCUGCCAGCCAACCAGGACACCUUGUCAGCGUCGGCUGCGUUCCUCUGCUCCGUGCUGCCCUCCCAGUCCGCCUCCCCCUUCUCCUCAUCCAAACUGUGCCCCAACUCCAACCUUUCUCACCCCUCCAUCUCCCCCUCCCGCUCCCCACUGGCCCCCUCCAGCCCUCUGCUCCCCAUUAGAGUCUCCUCCUCACCUUCCUCCCAUCCUCAGCAGCCUCUUUCUGUGUCUCCCUCCAGCCCUCGCUCCCCUAUCUCUCCCUCCUCCUCUUCUUCCUUUCUCCAACAGCCCAACAGUCAGAACAGAGUACAGCCUACAGUGGUGUCUCUGCCCGCCAGCUACAAGGAGGCGCCGACCAUCCUUCCCAAACCCAUCCUGAAGAAGGCUGUAGCUCCUCGGCCUUCUUCCUCUCGCUCCACAGAUGACGACAUCCAAGGCUCCAAAGAUGCCCUCAUCCAGGAUCUGGAGAAGAAGCUGCGCUCAAAGGAGGCCAGAAGGAGAAGCAGCCAGAAACUGUCCUAUGAGGAGCGUAUGGCUCGUAGGCUGCUGGGUCCAGACAACGCCACCUACAUGUUUGACCAAGACAAUCUUUCAGACUCACAACUCGACCAGCCAGAAUCACCAGAGGGAAGACACACAGGUGGACUAUGGGGGAGGCACCACUCGGGGACAGAUGAGCGAGGUAAUGAGGGUUCAGCUAUCCAGGAGAAAUGUUAUGCGCCUCGCUUCCUGCAGAUCCCCCCAGACCUCACUGUGGAGGAGGGACGCUUCUGCAGGAUUGACUUCAAGGUCGGGGGCCUCCCCACACCAGACGUCUGCUGGUACCUGGACGGCAAAGCCAUUCGUCCAGACGACUACCAUAAGAUGUUGGUGUGUGAGAAGGGGAUGCACUCCUUCAUCAUAGAGAUUGUCACAGUGCAUCACGCUGGUGUGUAUGAAUGUGUGGCCAGGAACCGAGCCGGGGAGAGCAGAUUUUCCAUGAAACUCGACGUCAUAGCCCAGGAAGUUCUCCGUCCUCCUACCUUUGUCCAGAAGAUGCUGAACUCCAGAGCUCUAGAAGGCGACACUGUGAGGUUAGAAUGUAAAGUGGACGCUUCCCCUCCACCACAGCUUUUCUGGAAAAAAGAUAAGGACAUGCUGCGCAUUGAUCCCCACAGAAUGAGUCUGUACCAGGACGGUUCAGGGCGACAGUGCUUGUUGCUAGAGAGGGUGAUGAAGUCGGAUGCUGGUUGGUACACUCUCUCUGCCAUUAAUGAAGCUGGCAUGUCCACAUGCAACGCCAGGCUGGACGUAGGCUCUCGCACAACCCAGCCCAUAAAAACGGCGCCCCCUGGCUCAAAGACCCUGAAGCUGCUGUCGUCUCUGAGCCAUGUGCCUUCUCUGACUGUGGAGAGCCCCGCGCAGCACACUGCACCGCUGUACGAGAGCGCAGAGCUGUAGACCACGACGUGUCCUCCUCCGUUUGCCAUCAUCUCUAAAUUGUCUUGUAAAAACUGGGCCAGAGUCUGUUUUAACUGUUAUAUCCAAACAACGCUUUGGGUCAGAGUCUAAACACCUAAACAGCAUCGCAGCAAAUGGGUACAUUUCUCAGUUAGUUGAAGCCAAUACACAUCGAGUACAUCCAAACAAACAAGCAACACGUUAGUAUUACACAAUUAUUCUCUAUUAUUAGAAAUUGUGGAUCGAACAGAAUUGAUACAUAGCUAUAUUCUAUGAUGGGCCCUCGGAAACUGCCCUAAGACCUUGAAGACCAUUUGGUUUCCUCUUUGAGACAAAAGUUCCUACAGGUCAGGGUGGUCGAGUGUCUUCUGAGAUUAAGUAAUCCCUCUCUAUAUUGUUUAUCUGCUGCUCAUCCAUGUGUGUCUGUGUUGUUACAGUCAGUCUGACAGUCUCUUUCUUCAUCUGCCGUCCUGUUCGUCCAAGUCAUGGAUGUAUCACGUAAAGUCAUCUCUGCUGCUAGUUUAACACAGUGGCCAACUUCAGUACUACAACAUACUGUACCAUUUUGCCAGAAAUAUGACGACAUCUCAAACAGCAUGUUACGCAUGUAUAGGCCUGAUUUUGAACUACACUACCCACAAUCCAACACUGUCAGUGCCUGUCUCUGCACUUUAAUCAUGACAACCUGUCCUACUUUUCUUCAGCUUUUACCAGAAAACUGAUGUUUUUUUAUGUUUGAGCUUCAGAUAUGUUUGUUUCUGGAUUACAGCUGCUGCUCAUGGAAUUACAAAUUACACUUCUUAUUUAAUAGCCCCCUCCUUUGUAAAAAAAAAAAGAGAGAUCUGAUGUUGGCCACUGCUCAGAUACUCCUCUGUGAUCAGUUCAGCCUAGUAAGUGUUUUUAAAGUUGGUUUCUUAUAUACAGUGAAUGAAGCUAUUUAUUUAAACUGAAAUUAUUAUUUAUCAGUGCUGAGACUUGCCCCUGUUGCUGCCCCCUCUCUUGGCCUGGCUGUAGGCAGAGGUGUACAAUAUUAUAAUAAAAGAGUUGGACAAAGAGUGACUGGCUGCCAGCCUCAUACCCAGCCUGUUCGACUGAACUCAUAACCAGAUCUGCACACAAAUGGAAAUUCCAAACUGAAUCACUGAGCAAAGCUAACAUUUUAAAACAUCUGCAGUGCAGAUAAGAUGCUUUUCCAAAUUAUCCAAGAGGAGUCCCCUUCUCCCUCUGCAUCAUUAAUGUUCAAUUGAAAAUGGGUAUGUGUUUGUCAGCCUAUGUCCAGAUUUCUAACUUAGAUUUUCUGACCAGUGCCUUCGACAAAAACAUCUCACAGAGGCUUGAUUUGCUGCUUGAAACCACAAAACUGCUUGCUGUUAUUGCUAGCCAGGAGGUUACUUCGCCAGAACCUUGUGUUUUUAGCUGGAGAUGCAUGUAAACAAAGAAAAACAAAAACAGCAUUUAACCCUGUAUGGUCCCAACUCAGUGGCAAUCAUUUAUUUAAAGAGCAGAGAGGAAACCUGCUCACAAUACAAACUCAUGUAGAUGGACUCUUACCUCAGAUCUAAUGCUUUUAGAUGCAAUAAUGUCACACUUUGUUUAAAAUGUGGACAUCAAACAGGGUUAAAAAAUGGUAUUUGCUUAAAGCACCGGUUUUGGUGAGUUCAGCCCAUUCUGUUGCGAUUUAUUUUAAAUGCAGUAGUAGUGUGUAACUAUCUUUAAGUACUGUUUGUUGUGUAAGAAAGAAGUUCUGCAUAUCACUGGAUGAAUGAGUAAUAAAGUCGGUGUGACCUUG